AUGGGAGAUGGCCGAGAGAAGAAGACUUACUUCUCUUUUUCGCCUGUUGGCAACUGGUCUUCUCUCAUUUACCCUGAAGCCAUUCCCGAGCGUCUGGGAGUUUUGGCAUAUCUUUCGGAUUUGGGCUUGAUUCAUGACGAUACUGGUGAGGGCCUCAGCAUCGAGGAAGCCCAAGCCGAGCACGAUGAACUCCAUGCUGCCUUGGACCCAGAGGACAAGACCAGUCUGGAUCCUGACUCAAGGGCAAUGAAGACCAAGAAGCUCGUUUCACAGUGCAUGCUUGAGUGUAUCAACCUUGAUCAUGAGCUUGGGUUGAAUAUGCUCGCUGCCUUUCGUGAUGUCUGGCUUGCUAUCAGCGAGAAGAACAGCGACAAGGAGGCACAGACAUUAGAAGAAUAUCUCCAAUACCGCAGUGAUAACGGCGGCAUGCUCUUGGGAAUAUCUCUCUCAGAAGCGGAGCACGAGCUCGUGCAGCCCAUCAUUGACGCGGCCACGGAAGGUCUUUUAUUGGCGAAUGACUACUUCAGCUGGGAGCGCGAGCUGAGAGAACUCCAGUCUGGUCAGUCCAAGAGGAUUGUGAGCGCCGUGGAGCUAUUCGCCCGAACAAUGGGACUUUCAGUUGAGGAUGCGAAGGAGGCGGUCAAAUCCAGGAUCAUCAAGUCAGAAAGUGAUUUCUGUCAACGCCGCGAUGAUCUCUACAAAGCUCAACCCAACAUAUCAUCGAAGUUGAGAAGAUGGAUUGAUUGUGCUGGCCUAGCGGUCUCAGGAAACCACUAUUGGUGCUCUGCCUGUCCGAGACAAAACGCAUGGAAGGACGAAACAGUUUCAAAUGGCCAAAACGGCCAUGGUCUUGAUCACAUUCACAACGGACACGGGUUCAAGACUGUGCCCAGCACCAAUGAAACUGCUACCAAUUUUCAAAGCAACGAUAUCAAGAUUCUCUCUAACGGAAACGGUGCCAAAACCGUGGUCAAUGGCAACGGAGUCAAAAGAAAACUCUCACAGUACGGAAUGGCAAGUCCAGAACAAGAGCCAUUUGAUCAGAAAAAGAGAAGCAUGGACACAGAUGUUUUGUGUCAAAAACACGAUAUUCAAAUGGUCUCCCAUUACCCCCAUUACAAACCGUCCAAUCUGGCCAUGGAUGCGCCGGCAGCCUACAUUUCAGGGAUGCCUUCCAAAGGUGUUCGCGGCACCCUGAUUGAUGCCCUCAACACCUGGCUACACGUGCCUUCAGCAGCGAUCAAGACAAUCACGUCAGUUGUAAACCUGUUGCACAAUGCAUCACUCAUUUUGGACGACCUGGAAGACAACUCUCCACUCAGGCGGGGGUUCCCAUCAGCCCACGUCAUCUUCGGCCAAGCCCAGUCUAUCAACAGCGCAAACUUCAUGUUCGUCAGAGCAGUACAGGAAGUAGCUCAGAAUCUCAGUCCAGCUGCACUGACAGCAGUGCUUGAAGAGCUUGAAGGCCUCUACCUCGGGCAAAGCUGGGACCUGUACUGGAAGUUCAACCUGGCAUGCCCUACCGAGGCCGAGUACGUCAACAUGAUUGACCAUAAGACCGGCGGCAUGUUCAGGAUGCUGCUACGGGUCAUGCAGGCCGAGAGCACAGCUACGGAGACACCAGGCCUCGACUUCGAGCGGUUGACUCUGCUCUUCGGGCGCUUCUUUCAGAUUCGGGACGACUACAUGAACUUCGGAGACUACGUGGCCCAAAAGGGUCUCUGCGAGGACCUGGACGAGGGCAAGUUUUCGUACCCCAUCGUCUACUGCCUCGCCAACCACCCGGAAUAUCGUGGGCACAUUCUUGGCGUGUUCAGGCAGCGACCGACGGUGGCCACGACUACCGCUUCUCCGCUUUCCAAGGAGAGCAAGGCGCAUCUGGUGAGCUGCUUACGCAAAUGUGGAGCGUUCGAGAAGACGCUCGACUGCUUGCGGGACAUGGAGCGGGAGCUGGAGUCGGAAAUCGACCGACUGGAGCGUUUGACGGGAGACACCAACCCCAUGCUCCGCCUGUGCCUUGCAAAGCUAAGCACAAAGGGAAUUGCCACGUUGGGAUAG